AUGUGCGACGCAUCAAAUUAUGCGGUGGGAGCGGCGCUGGCUCAGCGCGAAGGUAAGGACCCUUAUAUUAUUGCAUAUGCCUCUAAGACUUUAGACGAUGCUCAGUCUAAUUAUACUACCACCGAAAAAGAGCUAUUAGCUAAUGUUUUUGCUCUAGACAAAUUCAGAGCUUAUUUACUAGGAACAAAGGUGGUAGUAUAUUCGGACCAUGCAGCCUUAAAAUAUUUGUUAGUUUCACUUGAUAGCUUGCAAGCAAUAUCUGAAGUGGUUCCUUGGAGAAUGACAGGACUGUUGAAGAAGCAAGGCAUCAUUCACAAGGUAGCGACAGCCUACCAUCUCCAGACCAAUGGACAAGCCGAGGUGUCAAACAGGGAGAUCAAGCGCAUAUUAGAAAACAUUGUGAAGCCUCACAGGAAAGACUGGAGUGCUCGACUAGUAGAUGCGCUUUGGGCUUAUAGGACUGCAUACAAGACACCCAUUGGAAUGAGUCCAUUCUGCCUCGUCUACGGGAAGGCUUGUCAUCUUCCAGUGGAGGUAGAACACAAGGCAUACUAG